CGCGGGACUCUUGAAGCAAGAAGCACGCACGAUGACGAAGGAAGCCGACACGUCCGUGAUGGAAGCAUUCCGCCGUAAUGUACUGGAAAAACCAGAGGUGUUCUUUGCGCCGUCAACGGAGCUCGCAACCACAAUCUCCCACGUCACCAAGUACUUGUACGACCAAGCGAAGAAACGUGAAUCCUCCUCGAGCGUGGACACAUCAUCGUUGGAAGCCCUGUACGUGGAUGGGUUCGACGCGGAUCAAAUCUGGGAACAGUUGAAGCUUCAGAACGAACCAUUGGCGAAAGAAGUGGGUCGACAGAUCAAGAAAUUCGCCAAGAACCCGAGCUCCGUGGCAUUUUUCACACCCGAGGAGGACGGUGGUGCCGCCGCCGCCGCCGCCGGUAGUGCCGACGACGAAGAAGAUGCGUCAGAGAAUGAGCAGUCGCCAGACGACGACGUUGUUGACGGCGAUGAUGACGACGACGACAAAGGCCUUGAGGACGAAGGAGACGUGGACGACGACGACAUGGACGACGACGACAUGGACGACGACGACGACGACGAGUUGACGUCGGCUCCCAAGAAGACAUUGGCCAAGAAACGAAAGCGCCGGGAUUUAGAAGACGGGUUCUUUGAUUGGGAUGAAAUGGAAAAGGCCGCGGAAGAAGAAGAAUUGAACGACGAUGACGAUGACGAAGAUGGUGACGAGAACGAUGACGACGACGACGAUUUCGAAGACGAGGAUGACGACGGGUUGAAUGAAAAGACGGCCACGUACAAGGACUUGUUUGACGAGCCCACGGAAGAAGGCGACGAAGAAGAUGAAGAGGAGGAAGAAGAAGAGGAAGGGGAAGACACCACGCGGUCCUUGAAGCGCAAGUCGGCGGAGCUGACCGACGACCAGGCCGAAGAGCUCGCGGAGCGCGGGAUUCUAUCGACGCACCAGCGGCGGUCGACUCAUUUGCACGAUCAGAUCAAGAGCCUCGAAGACGAAGCGCUCGGCGACAAGCCGUGGGCGCUCAAGGGCGAAGUCAAGGGGAUGGCGCGGCCAGAGAACUCGCUUUUGGAGGCGGACCUCGAGUACGACCGGCCAACGAAAGUAGCGCCCAUCAUCACGGUCGAAGUCACGCAAGAGUUGGAGGAGUUGAUCAAGACGCGGAUCCGCGACGAAAACUAUGACGACGUUGUGCGCAAGUUGGCUGUGAACGACGGCGCGCAAAAGGAAGCGGCGGAGCUGUCGAUGGAGAAGAGCAAGGAAGGCCUGGGCGACGUGUACGAGAAGGAGUUUAUGAAGUCGGCCAUGGGCUUCGAAGACACGUCCGAGCUGAAAAAGGAGCAAGACGAGAUCGACGUCAUGUUCCAAAAGCUAUGCUGGAAGCUUGACGCCCUGACCAACUUUCACUAUACGCCCAAGCCUGUGGUCCGGGAAAUGCAUGUGACGCCUGCCGCCCCCGCGAUUACGAUGGAAGAGGCGGUGCCCAUCGCCGUCAGCGACGCCAACCUCCACGCCCCCGAGGAAGUGUACGACAAAAAGCACAAACGAGAUGGCGUGGUGCGGUCCCGGGAAGAAAUGUCGCAGGACGAACGCAAGGCGGCUCGAAAUGCCAAGAAACACGCCCGCCGAAAGUCGCGCCAACAGAAGGACGCGGACGAAAAGCUUGUGGCCAAGGUCAAUCCGGGCAUGGGCAACAAGUACGAGAAGAAGAAGCUGCUCGACAGUCUCCAGGCCAAAAACGUGUCGACGGGCAAGGCCAUCGAAGGCUCCACGCGCCAGUUCUCCAACUCGUCCGAGUUCUUUUCACGAUUACAAGACGAGCAAAAGGCGGCAGCCGCGGGUCAACCCCCCCGCCCGUCGUUCAAGAAGGACGAUGCCAAGGCUGGCCGCGGCGGCGCGUUUUACAAAUUGUGAUGAAUAUAUUUUACUACCA